AUAUGUUUGCGGCAAGCGACCGGCAUCAAUUCAAUUUAUUUGUGUGUUGUGACUUGAUAAUUAAUUUAGAAUAACAUAAUGGCCACAAAAGUAGCUGCCCAUUACAUUUCGGAGAAGGUGUCAAAUGUGCGUUGGCUGCCAGAGCAGCUGCAGCAGACCGAGCGGUUCGUAACAGGCAGCUGGGACAUGGACAACAAUUAUGUGCGCUUGUGGCGUCUGCACGCAAAUCCAUACGCCCAGGAAGUUCAGCACACGCCGCGCUGCAACGAUAAAGUGGCCAUGGAUGGCGAUGUCACCGGUUUGGAGUUUGUCAACGAAGACACUCUGGCUGUGAGCUGUGCCGACGGCCACCUUAGCUUGCUGAAAGUGCACAGAGCCGUCGAGGAAGAUCAAUUGGAGCGCAUGGAACGCAGCGAACGCCUGCACGAAUUCAAAUGUAGUCAAAAGAGUGCGCCUUGCACGGCAAUUGAUAUAUAUGGCAACGACAUAGCCACCGUUGGCGAAGACGGCUGCGUCAAUGUGUUGAGUGCCCACAAUUUGAAGCAAGUGAAGCGAACCAUCGAUGCCGACAGCAUAUCUCUAUUGUCCGUAUGCUUUGUUAACCAGCAUCAGCUGGUGACUGGCAAUCGAAUGGGCGUCAUUCGAAUGCUCGAUGUACGAGUUGACAGCACGGGGCAACAGGAUAUUUCAUUCGCUGCUGCCAGUCAGGAUCCAAAAAACUCGAAUUUUGUGUCCGCGAUGGCCACGCAUCCCAUGCAACAGCACAUCCUUAUAUGCGGCAGCGAGGAGGGCUCCAUUACGGUGUGGGAUCUGCGCAAUUUCGAAUAUCCAGCCUCAUAUCUCAGCGCACACAACAGUCCCAUCACCGACAUAGGAUAUCAUCGCCAGGAUCCGUCGAAGUUGUUUAGCGCCGCCGAGGCAGGCGAGGUAUGGAUGUGGUCCGAAAAGAAACAGCUCAUUGAUAUGAGCAAAAACGAUGGCAACAGUGCCUGGCUGAGCGGUAAUCGAGUGCGCUCCUUGGUUAAUGUGGAUGGCGUGCUGACCGACAUACGCAAUCCCGUCAAUUCAUUUGAUGUGCACGGCUCACGACUGAUUUGCGGGAGCGACAAGGAAGUCAUUUAUAUUGCAGAUGAUAUUUUUUAAAAUCAAAUUUGUACUAAUUCUGCUGUCAUUUAAAAUGAAGUUUGUUCACUUA